CUCCCCGACUGGAGAUGACAGAGGCGCGUUCCGAGGGGAGCACCUCUCCUGGCUCUCCAGCCAACGAUGACCACAUCAACGACUUUGAUUGCCACGGCACAGUGGUCAUCGACAAUCACGAGCCGCUCACGGCCAUCCCGUCGUGCGGCACCAUGGCGCCCUGGGUGUUGGAUCACGAGUGUGAGGACGACCGGCAGCUCACCGACCGCAUCGUCUUUGUCGACGUCAACAAGCUGCGGGACCAGCAGGCGGCGCCGGCGAGGCAGCCUGGGCUGCUGAGGGGCGGUCAGAACCCUAGAAAGGCUCUCAAAGACACGAUCGGUAAGCAGAGCCACGAACAAGCCAGGAGGAAGGCAAAGACACCCUGUCUACUGUUGACUCUGCUGCUUUCGUGUGUUAAUUUUCAGGGUUGGUUCUGUGUCGCAUUGCGAGCAGUCACCCCACGGCCAUCGUGCUGUGUGGGGAGAGCGUGCAGCAGUACCGCAAGCAGGACUGGACCGAGCAGUUCAGGAGGUCGCUCUCGGGCGUGCCCGUGGUCAUCAGCAGGGACAGCACUAUCAUGACCUGGCUGGCGCCGGCUGAGGCCGAGGAUCGGCCACGUCUGGAGCAGGCCCUGAUCACGUCCAUCCCCCUGAAGCCGGGUGACCACAUCGCUCGGGAGAUCAACGGACAUGUCAGCGGGUAUGGCUCACCGGCAGGCAGGCACACGCCUUUCUGUCUGUCUGUGUGUGGGAUCUAAUUAAUGCCCGUCUGUCUUCUGUUCUGUGUGCAGGCAGCUGGCGACGCAUCACGGCAUCUACGUGGGCAACGGCCGUGUGAUCCACUUCAGCGGCAACGAGGCAAUGGGCGGCCUCAAGGGGCUUUCAGCGGCCGUGGGCAAGGGCAAGGCCAAGGUGCGGUGCACUUCGGUCCUCCAGUUCAUGAAGUACGGCUACAACCUGCGCGUCAAACGAUACGCCGAGCCGACAGCCGACAAGGUGCGUGUAAGUCGAUCCAUCCGAGGUGGUUGGUGGGCGACUUGAUUAUCUAUCAUCCGCGUGUGUGUGUGUGUGUUUUCAGAAGACUGUGGAGCGUGCCGAGGCGGCCUUCCACGAGCAGUGGUACCCGAGCUACCACCUCCUCAAGAACAACUGCGAGCACUUCGCUCAUUACUGCAAAACCGGGCGAGCACAGUCCUCACAGGUACUAACUACCACACACACGCAGAGAGAGAUGCGACCAUCUUCCUCCCCGCGUCUCACCUCCCUCACCCUUCUCCCUCCCUCUCUGUGUCCGUCAGGUGCACACUGCUCUGGCUGUGGGUGUGGGCGUCAUCGGCGUCGCGGCGGUCGGCAUCACGGCAUUGGGACUAGGUGCACUAGGCGGGGCAAUAGCGGCGCGGGGGCGGUCAAACGAACGCAGCAGGUCGCCGCAGAGGGAAAGAUAAUGACAGCGUGAUAUCUCUCUCUUGCUGGCAAGGCGGGCUGUGCGUAGCGUCGGGGUGUCAAUGCUCCUGAUUUUUCUGCGAGAGUGCUCGAGUGCGUGUUGGCAGUCGGUGGCGUCACGGUGGUGUAAGAUAA